ACAAGCCCCACCCGCCUAGUGGAAAGCGCUUAUUCCGCACGUACAGAGUUGUAUAAGGCUGGCGGGGGCAGGGAGCCGUAUAUACAGACACGUAGCCGUAUAGGAGGUGAUCAGGGACAUACAUAGAGCACUAUGUACAUAGAAGACUGAUCUCUCUCAUGGACAUUUCUGGUGUCACACUGUGUGUCAGGCAGGUGAAGCUCUUCCUCCCUCUGGUACAAUGUUCCUAGAGAACUUGUAAUCUGUCACCCUGGGACCUGCUUGUCACCUUCCCCCACCAGCCAUGCCUCUCAAGCAUAGCCCAUCGGUGGACCUUGAGAAGCUGGCCCUGGAGCACAUCGUGCCCCGUCUGCGCUCGGCGGGCUACUGUUACCUGGACAACAUCUUGGGAGAAGAGUUGGGGGACCAAGUUCUGGCCCAGGUCAGGCGCCUGCACCAGGAAGGGGCGCUAAAGGAUGGACAACUAGCGGGGAACCUCCGGGGCUUCUCCAAGAAGCACCUGCGGGGGGACAAGAUCGCCUGGAUCGCUGGCACCGAAGACGGAUGUGAGGCCAUCGGGCUGGUCCUUUCCGUGAUCGACCGGCUCGUGGUGUUGUGUGGAAACCAUCUGGGCCAAUUCUAUGUGGAGGAGAGGUCCAAGGCAAUGGUAGCUUGUUAUCCAGGCAAUGGGGCUGGCUAUGUGCGCCAUGUAGAUAAUCCAACAAAAGAUGGACGCUGCAUUACUUGCAUCUAUUACCUGAACAAGAACUGGGAUUCAAAGGUUCACGGGGGAGUUCUGCGAAUUUUCCCUGAUGGCGGCUCAGAAGUGGCGGACGUGGAGCCACUCUUUGACCGGCUGCUUUUUUUCUGGUCCGACCGUCGCAAUCCACACGAGGUUCAGCCUUCCUAUGCCGUUAGGUAUGCUCUGACAGUCUGGUAUUUUGAUGCCAAAGAGCGAGCAGCUGCUAAACAGAGGUUCAAAAGAUUAAGUGAAUCCAGACAGGAUCCUACUUCCAAGGACAGCUGAUUGUCUAUCGCACGAAAAUAUGGCAUGUUGGUCUUUCUCCUGCAUAGUGUACAAGUGAAGUUGGGGGUUAUAAGCCAAGGCUUUGCCUGUGACCCUACUACUGCAAAAGCACAUCUUUUUCAUUGUCCACAACCGAAGAAGACCACCUCCAUUAUUUAAGUCUGGAAGUAAAAGCAAGGAGCUCAGAUGGAGUUCUUUCAUGGACACGUUAAAGACGAUAAACCAUAAAGCCAAUGCUCAAGUCAAGCUGAGGGACUGGAGCCGCCAUCGCUGUCAGUACUGUAAUCUGUUGGAUGAGAGUAUCUGAACUGUACAGGAUCAUCAAUGCCUACGUCUGACACCUGAAUUAUUAUAUUUUGGUACAGCAUGUUUUAAAUACUGCAGAGUCCAAGAGACUGAACUGAUAAUGUAUAAUAUAUACUACGGAAAUGAUUAUACAUUUAUUGAUGGAGGAAAUGGUACGGUCACUGACCAGAACACAUGCCUGCGGGCCAGAGCAUGUCUACCUUGUGAUGAAUAUUUUCUCUUGAAAUGCUUUGGCAAUAUCUCUGGCUGUUUUAUAGCAGGCGGCAUUGUUCAAGGAUAUUUGUGAGAGGUUAUGCUUUUUAAUUUUUAUGCAGCCUGUUUGAUUUUUUUUUUUUCCACAAUAAACCGUGUGAAAAUUCCAGUA